CCUAUCAAUAUUUUCUCAUUUGUGUAAUUUUUUACCUUGUAUUUCGCGCGCUGCGCGCACCCGUUCGCCGGUCUUUUACGUUUUCUGAUUCAUAUUGAUAAUAUUAUUUAGGAGCUUAACAAACGUUCUAGAAACAUCGCUACUUGCGUCUUGCAUCCCAAUCACUUUCAGCAUCACUAUCCUCAACGUUAACUUUUGUGUAGAAACAUGGCCAACGCCGUCCGCAAGAUUUGCACGAAAAUCGGUAAUGGUCAGUAUUUAUUGGGUACAUCUAAAACGUCUGCAUACGGCGUCUAUUUGUUGUCCGACAUCUUCCAACAACAUCCUGCUGGACUGCAGGUAAUUAUUUCGUAUGACCUUAAAUUCGUGUUGAUAAGGUCAUCAACUGAGAGUGUAAUUAUUGUAACGGGUCAAUACAUUUUAUUUACAGGUAGAGAAAAAAUGCAAACUUAAUUUUGCAGACAACGUGUUUCGUCAAUCACAGCCGUUGCUCGCCUAUGUUGGUCAAUCUGUUGAAAAUAAGCAGUCUGAGGUAGUUUUGGCUAAAUGGUAUGACAGGCACACAAAUAACUACAAUUUUGUCCCUCCAUUAACCAAUUUAAAUACAAUUAAUGCAAAGCCAAACGACUCAAAUAGUUCCUCCAGCCAUAAUAAUGAUAUGUCCAAUCCUAAAGGAUUACCAAGUGCGGAACAACUACAAAAUCAAUUUAUUCAAUUGCAAGAUACUGUAAGUAUUCAAUAACAUAGAUUAGAGUAUUUAUUCAGUUAAAAUAUUGGAUUCUUAUGUGUUAAUGUUAAUACUACCUAAUUAAUUAGGUAAUCUUUCUCUCUCUAUAUAUAUUUCAAACUGUAUUACCAGUAUAUAAUUGUAUUUUUAUUUUAGUUGCCUAGAAUGUUUAAAGAAAAUAUAAAUUUUAGUCUGUUUCAUCCUCAGCUGGUAUUUGAAAACAAUAUUAGGGGAACGAAGACUAUGUAAGUGAAUAUUUACAUUUAGAUUCUACUUAAUAAAUAAUAUGUACACUUUUUACAAAAUUAAUGAAAAUAUCAAUUUUAAUUUUAAUUGAUGUAUGUUAAAUUUAGUGGUUUACAUUAUUUUAUGACAACAAUAUCUAUAUUGCGUUUGAUGGGUCACAUAAAAUAUGCUUUUGUAAAAUUUGAUAUAUUAAAAAUAACCAAACAUCCGGAAGAUGGAACGAUUAAAGUACGCUGGAGAAUCAAAGGUAUUACAGGAAUGAAAGUAUUCUUGAAGUUUUGGAAAUUCAAGCUUUGGAAUUUGGAGCAAGUUAUUAAAGAAAAUGUAGAUACGUAAGUGAGUCAUGAUUUAUCCUCAUUACCUUUGCCUUUAUUCCACACAAGUGGGAAGUUUGGUUUAAAUAUCUAUGUAUUUAUUUAAAUAUAUAAGAAUAAACUGAAAUAUCAAUGCAUAGCCCAAUUCCCUAGGGCUAGAAAUAAGAAAUUUUGCAUAAUUGAAUGUAACCACUACGAAAUAAUUUUUCAAAAUUCCCCCUCUUACUUUAACUUAAAAAAAAAAAAAUUAUAAUCCAUUACGUUUAACACAAUCUGUAAAAUACAAAAAUGUUAGACAUGAGGAGUACAAUAAUGUAUGUUCUGGCACAGUUGACAUUUAUCACAGUUUUAAUAAUAAUUUGUACACUAUUUUUUCUCAAUCUUUUAAAUAACAAACUGUACCAGAAAUAUUUAACAAAACUAUUAAAAAAUUAUAUAAAAUAAAAAUAAAAAUCUAGCCCAUGAUCCCCCAAUUGAUGCUGAAAAUUGAUUUGAUAUUUUGAUGUUGAAAAUUUGAUUUGGAAUUGAGAUAUUGAAAAAAUUGAAUCGAUAUUUUGCUGUUGGUGUUGAAAACUAUAGUAAGCUUAAAUUCGCAAAAAAAACAUAAUUAGUAAAAGAAAAAAAAAUUUUAUUUUUAUAUCGUAACCUUAUACCUGAAAAAUAGCUUUUCAAAAAUAUGUGUAUUACUGAAUAAGCAUCACUCAUNUAUUAAAAACCGUUAUAAAUCAUACCAAACAGAAAUUUUAUAAAUCCUCAAAAAAAAAAAUCAGUCGUAAUUUUCACAAUAGUUAAUAAUAAGUUAAUAAUAGUUAGUUAAUAAUAAUUUUCAAAUAGUUGGACGUAUCGCAAUUUUUCAUAUAAUAGCGAAUGAUGCUAAACCAUGAAAAAUUACCUGAUAAUGAUAAUGCAGGGCGGUUUCUAUCACAAUAAUUUUUGGCAAAAAUGAUUGAUAAAGAUGAUGAUGGAAUAAUACAGUAUAAUAAGUUUUUCAAAAAUUUUUAUUAUUGAAUCAGGAUGAUCACUCUGAAAUUACUUGUUUAAAAUAAUCUUUAAAUCCUUGGAUUCCAAAGGAAUAAUCACAUGAAUUAAAAACCAUAAUAAAUUAUUUAGGAAAAAAAAUAAUUCUUUAAAGUUAUUCAAUGAUUUUUUAUUUUACAAAUCAAAAAUUAAACAUUAUAUUAAUAUACUGCGUGAACAUUUUUUUAAAAAUGAAAUUAGUAUUAUUAAUAAAAAUAAUAAUUCGAAAGAGCUAUGAGAAUUGCUUUAGAAAUAUCUAAAAAUUAAUAGGAAAAAAAUUCCUACUUAAAUUUAUUGUAGUUUACUUAAUGAACUUUUUGUAAAUAUAGGAAAAGAUCUUGCGUCUAAAAUACCUAAUGUAGAAUUUGAAAGAUAAAAUGAAAAUUCUCAUAUUAACUCGUCUAUUUAUCUCGAAUCUGUUACAUCAAAUGAAUUAAUUCUUAAAAUUGAUUCGUUAAAAAAUAAUGUUGCUCCUGGUUCUGAUAAAAUCACUAUAGAAUUUCUAAUAUCUGUUAAAAAGUUAGUUGCCGUCCCAUUGUCUAAUAUUUUUAAUAAUUGAAAAAAAUUAUAUUCCGAAUGAAUUUAAAUAUCCUGAUAUUGUACCUAUAUAUAAAAAUAGUGGAAGUGAAUUAGAUCCGAAUAAUUAUCGACCGAUUCCUUUAAUAUUGCUAAAAUGUUUGAAAAAUGUAUUUAUACACGAGUUAUUAAUUUUUUAAAUAAAAAUAUUAUACUAUCUAAUUCACAAUUUGGUUUUCGAGAAAGGAGAAGUAAAGAAGACUCAGUAUCUAAAUUAAUCUCUGAUAUUAAAACUGAUAAAAAAUAUAAAAUUGUUGUUUUCUUGGAUUUAAAAAAAGUUUUUGAUACAGUAGAUCAUGAUAUUUUAUUAUCAAAAUUAGAAAACAUAGGUAUAAGAGGAUCGCACAAGAUUUGUUUAAAACAUAUUUAAAAAACCGAACAUGGUGUACAAGAAUUGGUAAAACAAAGUCUGAAAAAAAAUUAAUUAAUUGUGGUGUUUCACAAGAAACAUGUCUCGGUCCAUUAUUUUUUAUUAUUUAUAUCAACAGUUUAACAAAUAUUAAAAUAAGUGGAAAUUUGAUGCUAUUUGCAGAUGAUAAAGCUCUAAUAGUAGAUGGAGAUAGUUCAGAUGAAUUGUAUAAAAAAGCUAAUAAUGAUCUUUUUAAAGUUAGGAAUUAGUUAAUAGAAAAUAAAUUAUCUCUAAAUAUUUCCAAAACACAGUAUAUAGUUUUUUACACUAAAGUCGAAAAAAAUAAUAAGCCAAUAAUUCAUAAUUAUCUUUGUAAAAGUAAUAAAAAUAGUGAUUGUUCUUCAAUAUCUCUGGUAGAUUAUUAUAAAUAUCUAGGAUGUAUAAUUGAUCAAGAACUUGGUUGGAAUAUUCAAAUUAAAAACCAUUGUCUGGCACUUAAUAUUGCAAUAGAUUGUAGUUUUAAAAAAAUCUGUAUAUUGUGCGUUUGUAUAAUCUCAUCUUCAAUAGCAUAUAACUAUUUCGUUGAAAAUUUAAUAAUUUAGGUAUACUAAAAGAUUUUGAAGAUAAUAUACAAAAACUUGAUGAAAAAAAUGUUGUAUCUGUACAAGAAUUAUUAGACCACAGUUUUAAAAAAGAAUUUUAUGAAUUAGUUUAUUUAUUGCUGCAAUACUUUGAAAUUUUUAGCUAUUAAAAAUAAAAACUGUUCAUUCUUUUUUAUUAUUUGUUUUUAUUAAAUUAUCAAGGUAUUUUCUAAAAUUUUUUUUUCUAUUUUUGUUGAAUAAUUUCACCAAGAUACAGUAUCAAUACCAUUUUCUGGAAUAUAUCUUUUAUCAUUGUAUGCACUAAGAGCUUUUUUUGUUUUUUUCAAUGGUAUAUAUUUCAUGUUUAUCUGUUCUAAAAGUGUUCUAUUUUACAUAUUUUGGAUUUUUAUUUUUUAAACAAUUAUAAAAAUCAUUAAAACAUAAUUUAUUUUUAACUAUGGGUUUUUUCACACCUUUUGCUUUUUUAAUUUCAUUUUUAUUUUCAAAUACUUUAAAUGUUAUAAUUAAGAUUUUAACUCUACAAAUUCAGUCAUUAUUUGACCAUUAAGCUCAUCUUUAAAUUUAUCUGGAUCUUUUUUAUUUAUUUGGGGUAUUCCAUAUUUAUUAUUCUCAGGAUAAUCUGAAAAAUCAAAUUCAUUUAAAAUUUGUUUAUUGUUUUUUACAUCUAUACAAAUCAUCAGUUGUAAUUUCUACUAUAAAAGAAUCUGUGUUUGUGUAUAAUAGUCUAAUAUUUUUUCCAUAUUUUUUUUUCAAUACAUUAUAUUAAAAAUCGUACAUUCAAGCUUUUGAUAAAUCUAAAAUACACAUUCCUAAAUAAAUUUGUUGUUUUAAUUUAACCGUAUUUUUUUUCAUAUGCAUAGCUACUAAGUUUUCUGUAAAAAUAGUCGCUCUAUCAAAAUUUGGUUUAGCAAUCCUCUUUUCCAAUUUUUUCCAUCAUUAAUUAAUUUUAUUUCUGUAUGGUUUCUUGUGUUCAUCAUAGUCUUACCAAAUACACUGUUUUUCAUUAAUUUAUAAUAAUCUUUUUCAAAUUCAUGAUUGUUUUUGCAUGAAGAUUUGUGUUAAAUUCUAUAUAUAGUUUAAACCAAUCUUUUUGAUCAAAUUUUAUUACCCUAUGUAUUAUCUCUUAUUUUAAAUUUAAAUACAACUUAAGAAUAAUAUAAUGUAGAAUAUAUUUUUUCUUAUUAUAUAGAUUUGUUGUUAAUUUUGGUAAUUUUUUAUUAUCAAAUUCAUUUUCAGGAGCUAAUAGAUAAUCUGAAUGAAGAUUGUGAAGCUCUUCAAAUCUACUUCGAAAAUAUAGCCCUUUUCCUGGUCAUUUCAUUUUUAAAAUUGUUUCUGUAUUAAACUUAUCAGGAUUAUACCAUUUAAAUCCUUUAUAUGAUAAAUAUUUACACAUUGCUCAUCCGUAGAGAUUAUUUACAUCCAAAUCUAAGAGAUAUUUCGUUAACAUAUGUUAUUUUUUUUCUUUGAUAUAUUUAUUAUUCGCUUUAGAAUAUCUAAUAUUACAUUGAGAUAAACCUCUUAUUCCCUGUUCAAAAAUUAAAUACAUAUUAGUAUCUCUUAGCAGUUCUAAUUUUUCACUUGUUUUUACUAAGCAUAGCAUUCCAAGCAAAGCUUUAUGUUGUAUAAUAUUGGAUCCAGGAUCCAGCUUAAAAUCUUUUAAUGAAACAGCUCUAUAAUUUUCCAUUACAUUUGUAAGUAAUAAUACAUCUAUUUUAUUAUAAAAUAUUUUAAAGUCUCUUUUUUUUAUUUUGAAUGUUUCCCAUAUUUUUUUAGCAUUAUCAUAUGCAUUUUGUGUUAUAUGUUCACCUGUAAGAGAGCUGUACAAUUUAUCUAUAUUAGGUAGAGAUUCUUCAUCAUAUUUUUCUGGAGAAUCCAUGUAUUCAUAAGGAUAUGCUAAUUUUCCUUUUACUAAAUCCAAUUGUUCAGAAUAAUGUUUAGAUAGUUCUUUAAACUGGUAUGGUUUUAAAGUAUUAGCUAAUUUUUCUAAAGAACUAGAUAAGAACUUGAAAGAAUCAAGAAAUCUUAUUUCAACUGUUUUAAAANUAGGUUUUCCUUUCUGAUUUAAAACAGGGUCUUUAGUUAUUGGAUCUAUUUUCUCAUAUUAGAUAUUUUUGAAAUUGAUUUAUAGUUUUCUUUUUCAAUUUUUUUUUCUAUAUCUUCUAAAUCUAAAUCUCAAUCUUAUUUUUCAUUCAUAUCCCCAACUAAUGGUUCUCCUUUUAUUAUAAGAUACCAAUAUGUCAAAGCAAAAUCAAACAUUUUAGAUUGCCAAUAGUCCAAAUUAUAAUCACAAUAAUAAAUAGCUUCAUCAAAUAUUUUCUGUUCUUGUCAAGUAUAGGUGCUAAAUCAUUCAAAGAUUUUUCACAUUUAUGACAGUUAUUUUCUUUUUCAAAUUCAGUUUCUUGUUUUUUGAUUAUUACCAUAGUUUUUUCUACAUGUAAAUAAUUAUCUGCAAUAUAAAUGGGUUCCUUUGUUAUUUUCUUAUAAACAAUUUUUACUGCAUCUUCUCCGGAAUAUGUUACUAGAUUACUUUUACUACUAUUAAUAUUUUUAACAUUAUAACCAAAACUAAGAGGUAAAUGUUUUUGAUAAGUUUAUGUAUAAGAAGUUUUAUCAUGAGGUUGGCAUGUAUCAAUUUUGGGUAGCAUAAUUUAGAAAUCUGCAUAAAUAACAAAAGGAAUUUUAUAAGAUUGAUUAUAUUUUUCAAAUUGAAGAAUACGAUCAGAUAUGUUUGUUAAUAUUGUUUUUGCGCAAUUAUUAUUUCUGCAAUAUUCCUCAUGGUAUGUUAAUUUUUCCUUACUAGAAAAAUGUGACAAACAUAUGUUACAUCAAUAAAUUAUACCACAAUUUCUUGUUAUUUGUGAGACGAUUAAUCUUGAUAAAUUUUUUAUCAAACAAUAAUGUGCUUUAUUUUUUUCGCUAAGACAAUGUGUUUCUUUUUCAAUAUCACAUAUUUGUAGGGGUACUAUAUUUUUAUUAUCUUCAUAAGUAAACACAUUAAUAGACAUAUUUGUUUUUUUUUUUCAAAUUUAGGAAUAUCUUCUAAUUUAACUGGAAAUUCAAUUUUUAAACUUUUACAUACUUCAUCAAAUUCAUUAACCCAUUUUUUUAUAUUUGCUAAUCCUAUUUGCAUCUUUUCCCACUGGAUGUAAUGCAGCAAGAAUUGACAAAAAAAAACAUUUAUUAUUUUCGUUUUGAUUGUUGGUAAUAGCUUUUAAUCAGAUAUCUCUUUUGGUAAUUUAAUAUAAAUUUUAUAAAGUGUGUUGGAAUCUUCAAAGUAUUUUCUGCUAAGAUCAAUUAUUCUAGUUGGUCUUUUCGUAAUAAUAACUUAAGGAAAUUCCCAGAAAAUUCUGUGAGGAUUUACUGUUCUCUCUUGUCUAGGUUUUUUAUGAAAUUUAGGUUUAAUAGUUUUAUUUGGAUAAUUUCUUUUAUGUUUUGCUGAUUUUUAAUUAUUUAUUAUUAUUUAUUUUUGUAUUAUUAUAUUAUUUACCAAUUUUUAUAUGUAGUUGUUCUACUACACAUAUUACACGUCUUUCUUGAAGUCAUUGCAAUAUUAUUAUUUUCUUCCAUUUUGUUAUAAAUUAUAUUUUUUUUAACUAAGGUCCAAUUUUUAAUUUCAAUUCAUUUUUUUUAAAAAUAGUUCAGGUUUAAAAUGUCUUUAAAAAAUAUAUGUUUUGAACAGAUUAAGGAUGAAUUUUAUUAUGGUAAAUUUGGUAAACUUAAUUUGAUCAUAGAUAAAAAUACAUGAUUUUUUAAUGCAACAAAACUAUGUAAACAAAGAAAUGAAUAAUAUAAAAAUUGGUUUAGAUUAGAAAGAACAAAAAGUCUUAUUAUACUUUUAGAAAUUUGUAGUGCAGAUCUAAGUCCCAAUUUUUAUGAGUUUAAGGAAGAACUUAAUAAUGAAAAAACUAGUAAAAUUUAACAGGAACUUACAUGUCAAAAGAUCUUUUUCUAGAUUUGGCCUCUUGGAUUUCACCUGAAUUUUAUUUAAAAUGUAACAAUAUGAUUAUAAAUUAUUUAAAAAAAAAUAUAGAGAUUCAAUUAAAGAAAAAGAUGAUAAAGUAGAUAUUUUAAUAAAUCAAAACAAUAAUUUACUUUCAGAAGUACAAGAAACAAGAGAACAAAAUAAUUAGUUAUUAUCUCAACAAAUUAAUUUAGAUUUAUUUAAAAAUUAAAAUAUUUAAAUUUCAUAAUUUGGUUUUCUGUAGUUCUUCAUAAUAGAAACUUCCUUCAAUAAUUUCAUUAUUUAAGACUUUAAUUUUAUAAGUAAUUGGAUUUGUGUUCAUUAUCUCUGUAACAAUAAAUAUUUCUCGUGUCUAAUUAGAAUUAAAUUUGUUAUAAAACGUUUUUCUCUCAAUGUGAAAUCUAAUUUUAAUUUAACUUUAAAAAAAAAAAGAAAUUGAAUUUAAAUUUUCUUUUUUUUUAAAAAUAGUUCAGGUUUAAAAUGUCUUUAAAAAUAUAUCUUUCGAACAAAUUAAGGAUGAAUUUUAUUAUGGUAAAUUCGGUGAAUUUGGUUUGAUCAUUGAUAAAAAUACAGGAUUUUUUAAUGCUACUAAAUUAUGUCAAAAAGGGAAUAAACAAUAUAGAAAUUAGUUUAGAUUAGAAAGAACAAAAUGUCUUGUUCAUCAUAUACAUUUGUAGAAGUGUCAAAAGUGUCAUGUCAGAAGUGUAUGGAAUGAAAACAGGAAAUAGGACAGAUCAGAGUACUAUUAUUUCCGGAAAUUAUGUUUCAAAAGAAUUUAUUUUGGAUUUAGAUUCUUGGAUUUCUCCUGAAUUUUAUUUAAAGUGUAAUGAUAUAAUUCUUAGUUAUUUUGAAAGGGAAGACAAAGAUUCAAUUAGAGAAAAAGAUGAUAAAAUAGACAUGCUAAUAAAACAAAAUAAUAAGUUUUUAUCUCAAACUGGCUUGCUCUUAAAAAACUUGAUUUAAUGGGAAUAACAUUAGAUAAAACACAAGAUCAAUUAGGUGAAAUUCAAGAAGAAUUGGAUGAUGUAAAUAAUAAAUUAGAUAAAAUACUUCCUGAUAGAAAUAUUGAUCUUAAGACUUCAGAAUUGAAACACCAAUAUAUUUUAUUUAAAGAUAAAGAUAUGGAUAAUUCUUAUAUGUUUUUAAGAGGACAAGAUAAAUAUAUAAAAAAUAGAAAGAAUUUAUAUAGUAAAACAUUUGAGAUUACAAUAGAUUCAAAAAAAAACCCAAAUCCUAUUGAUUUAAUAAAUAGACUUAAAGAAAAAAUUCAAAAAAUCAAUGAGGAUUAUUAUAUUGAUAAUAUCUUUAAUAUAAUUCUUUCAAGUUCCAUUUAAUUUAGAUUUAUUUAAAUAUUUAAAAUAUUUAAAUUUCAAAAUUUUGUUUUCUGUAAUUCUUUAUUGUAGAAACUUCCUUCAAUAGUUUCAUUAUUUAAGUCUUUAAUUUUAUAAGUAAUUGGGUUUGUGUUUAUUAUCUCUGUAACAAUAAAUAUUUCUCGUGUCCAAUUUAAUUUGUUAUCAAACGUUUUUUUCAACUUCUUUAUUCUAACCCUAUCAUCAAUCUUAAAUUUAACAUUUGAUUUAGAUAUUUCAUUUGGGAUUAAUUUAAGAAAAACUUUUUCUUCAUUAGAUUUGUUUACUUUAAAUUGUAUCAUUCCAAUUGUUUGAUGAAUAUCUUUGAAAUUAUAUUCGUUCAAUAAAUCUUGUAAAAUAUCAACCUAUCUUUUAUUUUUCUAUUAAAAAUAUGCGUAUAGUUUUAGAUGUUUUUCCUAAUUGUAUUUUGGACAGUAUCAUAUGUAAAUUCAGAACUUUAAACUGAACAAAUAUAGCAAAUUGUACUCAUUAAAUUCUACCUUCAAAAUAAUAUUAUUUCUAUUUCCACUAAAAUUAUCAGGUUGUCCAGUAAGAUUUAAUACAUACAUUGGUCUUGCAUUUUUAAAAUCAUUAGGUGUGAGAUACAUCAGAGGAAGUUCUUGAUGUAUUUUAUGGAUAUUUUUCUUAUAUGACAUAUAUAAAUAUCAUAAGCAAGUGAAAAUUUUUCAUUUUUCCAAUCUAAAUUUAAUGAUUCUUGUGGAUAUCUCUGUCCAUCAAUUUCUAGCCAAAUAUUUUUUACAUUUUAGUGAUCGAAAGUUGAACCUUUUUUAAUUGUAUUUCUAGUCCAUUUGUUUGGAAAGCUACAAUUGCAAAUAAUGGAUUAUGAAUGUUUCUAUAUGUACUUGCAAUAUUUAUUUUCAAUGUUUUACCAUUUAAAUUGGUUUCAGUCAUACAUUGCCAUGAUUUAAAAUUUAACAUGUAAUUUUGUAAAAUCAUUUAUUAAUUGUAUCUUAUACAUUUUUUGAUAUUCCACUGGUGGAAUUGUAAUCUUAAAAUCCUCAAUAAUAACUUUUCCAAUAACUAGUAUUGCUACAGUUGUAGAAGCCCAUCUGUACAAUGUAUCAUCAUUUUUUACUCUCUUAAUUAUCUCUCUAAUUUAUCUUAAUUCCUUCUUUGAAAACUGGAUGUUGAAUAUCUUUAAAGAAACCUAAACAUAGAUUAGAUAAAUUUAAAUCUUGAAUGAAAUCCUGAAUUAAUUGUUGGACCAUUCUGAUCUAAAGAAAAACUAACACAUCCUUUGACUAUACUUGCUCUACCCACAUUUUCAAUUUGAUCUAUUAAUGUUCCAAUUUUUAUUACAUCAAUUUGAGAGAAUAAAAAUGGAACUAUCGUCUAAAUUAUCGUCUAAUUGUACAUUACUAUUAGCUUCCUAUUCAGUAUUAUCUUGUUUUAAGUAUUUUCCACUAAUAAUAUAUUUUGCAUGUUUAAUAUUGAGAAAGCUAUCAGAACCUUCUAUUUCAAAAGUUAUAAUUCCACCAUCUCUAUUAAAAUUUGUUUCUGAUGUUGCUUCAUGUGUUUUACAUUGUGAUCGAAUAAUAUGAUCAUCAUAUUUAUUAAAAAUAUAUUCCAUUUAUUUCAGAAAAGAAAAAAAAGAAAUUGAUUUAAAUUUUAUUUUUAUAUAAUUAAUAAAGAAAUAUGUAUGAUUUUUUUAAUAAUAAAGAAAAGUAUGUAGACUUUCAUCUUUGGGAUCAGUACUUGCCCUUUGAUUUUACAAAACAAUUAUUUUAUUUUAAGGAUCCAUUGUUUUAUUCUAGUUCUAUUUUUGAAGUUUUAGGUGAUUAUAUUAAUGAAAAGAUUCAGUACAUACCAGAAAAAUAUCAAAACUUUUAUUUAUUAAAAAUAGCAAAUAUUAAUGCACAUUUAACUAUUCUAGAUAAACAAGUUAAUGAAAUUUGUGAAGAAUGGUCUGUUGAUACUUUUAAACAGCAUCUAGAAAUUGUCAUAACUUAAUUAAAAAUACAUUUUUUUAAUCAGAAACCUGAUUAAAAAAAAAAAAAGAUACUAAUUUAGAUAUAUUUUUUAUAAUUUUUAAUAAAAUCUAAGCACAAAUAUCCACAAAUAGGUGGUUCAUUGUAGUUUUCAAAUUUUUUAGAUGUAAAUUUAAGAUUAUUUUCUCCUAAAUAUUUUACUAAUUCUUUUAGAGGAUUAGCAUUACUGUAAGAAUCAAAAUAUAUUUUUAAAUUUUCUUGUUUAAUUCUAGCAACCCAGUAAGAUCCAUCUUGAUAAGACUUAUUUAAAUUUAAUAUUCCACUUUUGUUUCUCGUUGGUUUUAUAGGUAAUUCAUUUAACAUAACACCCACAAACAUUUUUAAUUUUUUCACCAGCCUCUUUAAUAUCGAAAUUAGUUAAUAGUUUGAUUUUCUUUUUUUUGAAACAGAAUACUUUUCUUUUUUUAAAUUCCAGAUCUGAUUUGUAAAGUUUUGACAUCAUUAAACAUUUUUACCAUUUCUUUAUUGUGUUGUUCUUGUUCUUUUUCUUCUGUUCUCUUAAUUUUUCCUUCUAUAAUAGUAUUUGCAAUUGCACUUACACCACCAGCUAAUGCACUUGCAGUAUCAAUUCCAGCAAAAAGAAGUAGAAGAAAUCCUUGUUUAAUUUAUUCAAAUUUUUAUUCUAGUCUUGAUCCUUUUUUCUUUCUUAGAUUUGUUUAAUUUAUUUAUUUGUGUUUUGAUUAAACUAAACUUUUAUUUUCCUGUUCCAAUUCGGUUGUUUGAUAAUUGAAUUGUUACAUCUAUUUUUUUAUUAUGUGCAGAUUUAAUUUUAUUUAAUUAUGCAUCGUUUAAAUUAAGAUUUAUUUAUUAUAAAAAAUAUUUUAAUUUUUAAUCUUUAAAUAAAAACCCAUUCCUAAUUUUUUUUAUAAUAUUUUUGAAUUUGUUUAAUAAUUUUCAUUUAUUACAUAAAAAAGAAACUAUUUUUUUAUAUACAACAAACAAUUAAAAUAUUCAAUCAACGUAAAACAAUCAAUCUAGACAUUCAAUCAAUGAAAAAAAUCAAUCUAAAUGUUCAAUAUAACAAUUGUUUUCAGUUUUCUAUACAAAUAUUUAUUUUUUAUAUCCAUCUAUAUAAAUCCAUAUUGAACCCCCCAAAAAGUUGCACAUAAUGAUAUAAACUCUUUUAAAUUCCUAAAACUACUAAAAAAAUCAUUCCAAAGUUUUUUUACAUACUGUUCUAGUUGUUCAAAAACAAUUAAGAAAUUUAAAUUUACCCUUAUGGUUUGUAGAUCUGUUAAUUACAUAAUUCUGAGCUAAAUAGAUACCAGAGAUAUUUUUGUGUCUAGACCUUACAAAAUAUUCUUUAAUUACAGUUUGGUUUUCCAAUAUACAAUCAUUAAAAACAACUAAACUAUUUGGUUUACAUUCAUCAACAGAAAUUAUAUCUCCAUCGGAAAAAAACGUUUCAACUUCAUCUAUACUACUAAACAUUUCUUGUAAAUACUCAUAAGCUUUUUGAUUGAUAGUUUUUGUAAAAAUAUAGAUUGUCAUAUGAAACAAACGUUUUUUCAACAAUAUUAUGCAACAAAGUGGUUUUAUCUGAAUCUGAAGGUCCAACAAUUAAACAACAUAAAGAUAUAGGAAAUAUGGUUUCUAUUUUUUCUUUAAAACAUACGAAUCUACUUUUUAUUAUUCUCUUGACAUAUUUACUAUACUAAAAGUUAUUAUUUUUAAUAUAGAAAUAUAUUGAAAAUCUGAAUGUGAAUCCAUUAUCUGUUUAUUAAACUGAGAUUAACAAUAAAUUAUGAAAAUGUAUUAAAUAUAUUCCCUUUUAAAUCAAAAAUAUUUAUAUUAAUAUUUUGAAUUUCAUUCACACUUAUAGGUAUGAAUGAUGUAUUUGUUAAUUUUAACAAUAAAUUAUCUUGUGGAUUAUUAAAAAUAAAUAAAAGAUCCUUCUCACAAUAAGUAUGCUCAUUUUCUUUAUGAUUGGAUAUAGAUUUCUCUAUUAUAUUGCAAUGUAAUUCUAAAGGAAUGUUGGGGGUUUUACUUGUUAGAUAAAUUCCAACUUUUAAAAAACAAAUAAACUUAAUCCCUAGAUUAUCACAAAGGUAUAUAAAAUUAUUUUCAUAAUUUUUAAUCUCAAUUAAAUCAUUAUCGGAAACUUUCAGAUUCUUUUUAAAAUUUAAAUUUUAAAAUCUAUUUGAUAGUAUAUUCAAUAGUAUACUUCAAUCUAGGAAUUUUCGUAAUCAAACCAUUAUCAAAAUAUAUAUUUUCUUCUAUGUUAUUUAAAUAUUUUUCUUCAUUUAAGUGUGGAGUUCUUACAGCAGUUGAAGUAAAAAAUAUUUCUCCUUUCUCAACAUCUUUUUGAAAAGGCCAUUUAUAACCUAAUAUUUUUGAAUAUUUUUUUUCUUUAAGUGAUUAAACAUUGUUAAAUUCAAAAUCUAAACAAUCAGAUAAAUACGAAUCAAGACCUAUAUUAAAGGGGAAUGAUAUUUUUAAUAAUCCUUAUUCAAGCAUUACUGUUGUAAAUGUAAAAAUUAACCAUGUUCAGUAUAAAUAUUAAACAUUUUUUCAAGUUCUUUCAAUGAGUAUAAGCCAAGAUGUAAUUUAUAUGGUGUUAUAUGUCCAUUUCGACCAAUAAUAAAAUUACAUUCUUGAUUGAUUUGUAUUAUCUCAUCUUUGGGAUUAGGUACUGUACAUUUUAAUGGAAAAUCUCCAACUAUUUUAUCUUUCAUUGUAUUAAAAUAAUGUUCCUUAUCAUGAUCAAAACCUAAAUAUUUGUUUAACUUUUUGUCUAGAUUAAAAAACACAUUAGAUUUGAUUAAUUUUGUCUCCUACAUAAAUUAUUAAAGGUUUAGCAAUUUUAUUUAAUUCAUCUAGUAUAUUUUUCUGUUUUUGGUUCAAUUAUGUUUCCUUCAACUUUUAAUAAAUAAUCUGUUUCAAUGUUUAUUAAUUUUGAUGUAAUAUUUAAACCUAAAACACUGAUAAAUAAAUUAUCUCAAAAUAUAGGAUUUUCUACCCUUAUGAAUUCGUUUUUUUAUUUUCAUUAUUCUCAUUUGUUAUAAAUAAUCUUUUUAAUUUAAAAAAAACCAACAUAUUAUAAUUAUUCAAACUCUAUUAAUUGUAUUUUUUUUCCAUUUUUAAGAAUUUUAAAAACUUUGUAGAUCACAGUAAUUUUGUUUUGUCGUUUAUUGAUUGUUUUACAAUCAUUAUCAAAAAAAUCUUUUAAAAAAGAUUAUUUUAAACAAGUAAUUUCAGAGUGAUCAUCCUGAUUCAAUAAUAAAAAAUUUUUGAAAAACUUAUUAUACUGUAUUAUUCCAUCAUCAUCUUUAUCNUUUUCAUGGUUUAGCAUCAUUCGCUAUUAUAUGAAAAAUUGCGAUACAUCCAACUAUUUAUGUGUGAAAAUUACGACUGAUUUUUUUUUGAGGAUUUAUAAAAUUUCUGUUUGGUAUGAUUUAUAACGGUUUUUAAUAAGUCAGCAUCCAUAUCCAGUAGACAGAAUAUUGUAAUAUUGUAGAUAAAAGUUGAUGAUCUAUUUAUUUUGUAUGGUUUCAAAACUAAUUAUGAGUGAUGCUUAUUCAGUAAUACACAUAUUUUUGAAAAGCUAUUUUUCAGGUAUAAGGUUACGAUAUAAAAAUAAAAUUUUUUUUUCUUUUACUAAUUAUGUUUUUUUUGCGAAUUUAAGCUUACUAUAGUUUUCAACACCAACAGCAAAAUAUCGAUUCAAUUUUUUCAAUAUCUCAAUUCCAAAUCAAAUUUUCAACAUCAAAAUAUCAAAUCAAUUUUCAGCAUCAAUUGGGGGAUCAUGGGCUAGAUUUUUAUUUUUAUUUUAUAUAAUUUUUUAAUAGUUUUGUUAAAUAUUUCUGAUACAGUUUGUUAUUUAAAAGAUUGAAAAAAAAAUAGUGUACAAAUUGUUAUUAAAAUUGUUAAUUUUGAUAAAUAUCAACUGCGCCAGAACAUAUAUUAUUAUACUACUAACAAGUUAGGUAUUACUAAUUAUUAAUUAAUAAAAUAACAAAGUUAAGGCAAAGUUAUUUAAAGAGUUAAUACUCAUAAAUAAAUAUAAAAAUAAAAAAAAAAAAUGAAUGAAUGUGUCGCCCCCUCAUCAUGGUAAAAAUAUUUAGUAAGGGGAUGCUGAAAAAAAAAAAAUAGAGUAGCUCUGUACUCUUGGGUAUCCUUAACUCAAGCACUGAUUAUAUUUAUGGUAGUCAUUUGAUUGUGCACAUAAUUAAAAUUUGUUGAAUGACCCAAUUCAAACUUGGCUGACAGCCAUACUUUAUGAAUUUACUAAAAAUGCAUAAUAAUGAUUGUAUUUAAAAUCCAAAACCAUAUAGAGUUAAGAAAAAAGUAUUUUCUAAAGAAUUUGUUUUAUCAAUUUUACAUUUUUAAAAUUAUGGUUGUUUAAUAUAAUAUAAGAAAAACAAUGUAUUGUAAUCAUUUUAAAUUUACUAAUAGGUUAAACACUUAGUGAUUGUUAUUAUUUUAGGUGGCACGAUGGUUUUUCAAUAUUUUAUGUGGGCUCUGAUGGCUUAGUUCAUAAACUCUCUGUAGACAAAGUAAGUCUUUUUUUAAAAUAUUCCAUGGAAAGUAAUAUUUUUAUGUUAGAUAAUCAUUUCUGUUUAGAUGCAACCAGAUAAUGAUCCGGUGAUAGAGGAAAAGAAUCCAUUAGCAACAAAAUUGGCUCUAUUUUUAGGAUUAUCACCACAGCAUAAUAAUUUAGAUUUUUUAAUAACAUUUGACUCUGAACAGACAAAUGAAUUACUCAAGAUGGUUAUUAUGUCCCUAGAAGAUGUGAUUUAAUAUUAAUUUUUCAAGAUCAAAAAACUUAGUAUGCUGUUAAAUAUAAUAAUUUGUAUUUUGUUUAACAUUAUACAAUUUAUCUGAUUUAAUUCACAGUCUUUAAGUUUUAAUAAUUUUUACCAUUGUUGUAUGUCUAUUUUGUUUAUUUAUUAAAUAUGUUCUUUUUUUUUGUUAAAUAUAUAAUAGUUAAGUAGCCAAUUAAAUCAAACUUUGUUAACUUUUUAAUGAAAAAUAAUUGCUGAAAUACAGAAAGCUUAUAGUUGAGCAAUAUAAUAUAAUUUUGUCAAUAAUAAGUAGAUUAUGAAUAAUCUUCUCAUGCAUAAUAAAGUAUUAUCUAUGUUAACAGUUUCUGACAUAGCAGUAGUAGUUUCUAAUAUUUCAUAUUAUUUUUAAUUAAACCAUAUAAAUCUAUUUGUUAAGUAUAGCUGAAAUUAGUUGACAGCCAUUAAUUGGAUGUAUAUUUUGCUGAUUUGCUGUAAUAUAAAGCAAUGAAUAUAAUAAAAUAGUCAGUUUGGUUUAUAUAUACAGAGCAUCUCUACAAAGAUAUACCCAUUAUGAUAUUGAACACUAUUUAAAUUAUGUUCUUACCACCCCUACCUAAACAUAUAAAUGGAAUAUUG